UAACGAUUGCCAAAAGCUAGAAUCCGGGUUCAAUGAAAACUGUUGUGUGCUACUCUCAUUGGAGUCUUGCUGGAAAAUUUCGAGUGAAUUAACUGAGAAAGCAGAAGUCAACCAAGCCCUAUCUUAAAUUAAAAGAAAACAUCCCAGACAAAAAUAGCUGGCUUCAUCAUUCAUGGGGAAAUACUUCAGUUGAAAUUUGUAGACACACUACGAUCUCAUCCACAGAAACAUCACCCAGAAGAUAAGAAAAUACACUUUCUAUUUGUGUACCCAAAUCUGUUUCUGAAACUGCAUAUUGAGUUGACAUUUUUACAAAGAAAGACAUGUCUAGCUGGGGUGUGAGUCAUGUCUGCAGACAACUUCUUCGAACUAGCAUAACUCAGAAUGGCCGAGGGAGGAAUCUGUCCAUGACAUCAAGAUGUCUGACGGCAAAGAUAAUCAAUGGUACGGCAAUGUCAAAAGAGAUCAAAGAGGAAGUAAAGGCAGAAGUUGAAGAGCUCAAAGCUGCUGGUAAACGCCCCCCGCACCUUAGCGUCAUCCUCGUAGGGGCUAACCCAGCCAGUCAAACCUAUGUAAAGAACAAGUUCAAAGCUGCAGACUACACUGGCAUCACCAGUGAACUGAUCAACCUUCCUGGAGAUACGAGUCAAGACUCUCUGCUGGCGGAGAUAGACAGGCUUAACAAGGACUCGAGUGUGGAUGGUCUGCUGGUGCAGCUGCCCGUGCCCGAUCACAUUGUUGAGAAAAAGAUAAUGAACUCUGUGGCACCCCACAAGGAUGUGGAUGGAUUCCACACGCUGAAUGUUGGCUGUUUCUGUGUGGACGAGAAGUCUUUCAUUCCCGCCACUCCUGCUGGGGUCAUGGAAAUGCUAAGACGCUCAGGUAUCGAGACCUUUGGCAAGAAUGCAGUGGUGUGUGGGCGCUCCAAGAAUGUUGGCAUGCCAAUAGCCAUGCUGCUGCACGCUGACGGUAUUUACGAUACAAAAGCUGGUGAUGCCACAACCACCAUCUGCCACAGAUACACUCCUCCCGAGCAGCUGGCAGUAUUCACAAAGAAUGCGGACAUUAUCGUCGUGGCAACUGGAAUUCCCGGUCUGAUUAAGGGGAGCAUGAUCAAGAAAGGGUGUACCGUUAUUGAUGUCGGUAUCAACAGGGUUAAAGAUGAGAAAACUGGGAAGAUGAAGUUGGUGGGGGAUUGCGACUUUGAGAGUUGCUCUGAGGUAGCUGGCUACAUAACCCCCGUACCUGGCGGUGUUGGACCAAUGACGGUGGCUAUGUUGAUGAAGAACACACUACAGGCAUACAAGCGUGAGAUCAACUUUGAUCACUACAAGCAGUCCCUGGGUCUCAGUUGAUUAUCGGAAGGAUAGGAUGAAUAUGGAUGCUUUGGGGGCGGGGAUGGAUGUGCAGCUCUGGAUUAUAAUCUCAUAUCUAUUACACUUUUACACUUGUUAAAACAAUAAUUAUAAUUACUGAUAACACUUGAGAUUUGUUUUUAAAGGUUAUUGCAUGUUUGUGUUUAUUUAUUGAACUGGAAUCAUGAAAUUAUUGUGUAUUUAGUCAUAAAUUGUGUGAUUGUUUUCAACUCUGAACUAAAAAAUAACAUUUUUAACAAGAUAUAUUCCUUAAGAUAUAUGAAAACUUUCUAUUGCGAAACAGGUAUUUUGUGUCAAGUGAAAACUACAUGAACCAUCAAAUAAAGGAUUUUUUUUGGUUUAAGUGUAUGAUCGUUAUAAGUUUUACCGACUUGGCACCAAAAGAAAUAUUCACUUUUGGUGUCACAAGGUGAAAUAUAUCGUGAUCUUACACAAAAACAAUUUUUCUUUUUAUUUUAUGCAAAAAUUCACCAGACUUGCAGAGCACAAAGCGCAUUUCACAAAAAGCUGUUGGUAAUUUGUCACAGCCCUGUGCAUGUUGAUUGUUUAGUUUGAUUGCAAAAUGGGCUAAAAAAAUCAAAACAGUGAAAAUAUCAUUAUUUUUAAAUCCCGGUUUCUUUAUUUUUAUUGACUGAUAAAUCGCUAUAAAUCACCACAAAGCAUAUUGUAAAUGUAUAAAUAUCAUUGUUAUCUGUUCUAGUUGUAAUCAAAGUUUCAAUGUUCAUGAGUAGAGAAAUAUUUUUCAUUAUUUGCCUGUUGUCAUGUUGAACAAAAAAUGAGAUUUUUUGUAAUGAAUGUCUCUGUUUGAACAUUUUUUUUUAGCUUUUCUGUUUUUCAAAGAAAAAAGGUGGAAGUAUUGUCAUAGCCUUUGUGUUGUCAGCAUCACAAGAAAACUUUACAGGGACUAGACACCAGAUAAUGUAAUGUAAUUGCAAAAUGGAGAAAAUUGUCAAAAACUUAUAUAAAUUUGAUAUCAUCGUGUACAACGCAUUGAAUCUUACCUACUGAUGGUUCACAUCCCUUAAGCCAUAUGUAUCUUUCCCAGAUUUUGCAUAUUUUUUUAAUUCGAAAUACACUGGGUUUGUUUAUCACGAUAAUACCAGUUAAUUAAAAAAUAACAUUGGUAGAUGUAUCUUUACUAAUCACAUGACUUUCAAAUGCUGAUAUACACACUAUAAACUAAGUAAGUAUUAUACCCUAUACCGUUUUUAAACGGGUUAACUCCACUGAGGGUCCAUCUGGUGUCCAGUCCCUUUAACCUUAAAAAUAACUAAAAAACAUUCGAGAUAUCAAAUACGAAAGUCCAUGAACCUGGCUUUUAUAAUUGUCAAAUAAGUCCCCUUGUGUGACAGAAGAAAAACAAAACAGACCAUUGUUAGCAUUCCCUCAGAGGUGCUCUUGUUAGAUUUUGCUUGUAUCAUGGUUUUGGUUUAAUUAUUAUAGUUCGUAUAUCUAAGUCAGCAUUACUUUGUCUCAUUUAUAAUGGCCACCAGUUAAAAAUAAUUUGUAUAAAGUCCCUGACCUACACAAUGAAAAUACACAGACUCAUCUUUUUUAAACCCCUUUCCAGUUAUUACCCGGUACUUUUUGUUCUAAUGUUAAAUGUAGUCGUUAGCUCAGUCUCAAAAAAAAUCAUGACCUACUUGUCAAAUCAAAUAAACUACUGGUCAGGCCAAUGCAAAUAAAUAGUUCUCAGUAUGAACUAACAUAACAUGACUUCCGAAAUAUGUCAAUGGUCCAUUGUUUUUAUUGUGUAACCAGUCCAUAGUUUUUGCAUUUAAAAACAGUCCAUACUUUUUGCUGUAUAACUUGUAAAUAGUUUUUCCUGUAUUACCAGACAAAAGUUUUUGUUGUAUAACCGGUCCAUAGUUUUUGAUAUAAAACUGGUCAUUUGUUUUUGCUUUAUAACCGGUCCAGAGUUUUUGCUGUAUAAUCGGUCCAUAGUUUUUUUUAUAUAAAACUGGGCAAUAGUUUUAGCUAUGUAAUCACCGGUUUCAAAUUGAAAUGUAUUUUAUAUUUAAUCAGUUAUUUAGUUUUGAAACCGGUAUUUGUUUACAUAUUUUGUUGUAACAAGUAGAAUCACUCUGAAUAAUAUUGUACAGUACUAGUGCAUAUUACAUUUUUGGCCGCAUCACGGCAUUUUAAUGAUGGCAUAUUAUUGUGAAUAUUUUAUUUAACUUUUGAAAAUAAUUUCUCAUAUCAUGUAAUUUAACACAUUGAUCAUGGAAAAACCAUUCCGCCUCAGGCAGUAAAACACUUGUCCUUCCCGGCAAAUAGUUUGUCUAUUGACGACAAGCCAUUCAAUGAGUGUAUCAUACAUUUAUUGCUAUUCAAAUAAAUUAAAAAUUGCUUUGGGCAAUAGUUUACUUCUCUUCGAAAAUAAAGCAUACAGUUUCGACAAUUGAUCAACAAGCCAUUCAAUAAGUGUAACAUAUAUUUAUUGCUAUUCAAAAAAUUAAAAAUUGCUUUGGGCAAUAGUUUACUGUCUUUUCGAAAAAGAGCAUACAGUUUUGACUGUUAACCGACAAGCCAUUCAAUAAGUGUAUUAAUAAGUUGCAAAAAGCAAAAAUGGGUCUUGUCGUGUCUUUGUUGAUUUGCCACACUUUAUUUCGUCGUACAAAAAGAAGUGUAAUCAACAAAAACAUGAGCAAGUCCCUUUCAUCUACACUUAGGCCAUAUGUUGUAUAGGCCAUAUGUUGUAUUUGUUUCAUAAUGCUGGCCCAGGUAUCACAAAAAUACUUUAAUAAGUCAAAUCUCCAUCUCGGUCUCAACUCGUUUUACCACAUGUAUUUGUUUCAUAAUGCUGGCAUCGCAAAAAUACUUCAGUCAAAUCUCAAUCUCGGUCUCGACUUGUUUUACCAUAUAACAUAAAAAGUUUAAAAAAAAUUGGUGUUGAUAAAUGGCACUAACAUAUCAUUUUUAAGUAAUUUUAACUGAUCUGUUGUUGUUGUUGUUGUUGUUGCUGCAGUUGUUUUUAAGGUAACUCUGGUCACAGCCUCUGAAGCAUUUCAAUAUGCAGAAAAAAACAUGAUAACGUAAGAACUGUUAAAGUCAUUGAGAUGAAUCUUAGUACAUAAAAACUAUGUUCACAAUGACAAUUAGUACAUUAGAAGCAAGUUUGGCAUCCGAAAUUUCAGUGCUCUUUAACUGUAUUUUUUGUUGUUAAAGAUUGUGCAUUUCAAUGUACCUGUUUGUUUUUUUUUUUUUUUUUAAAUCAUGACAUGCUGGAGAGCAAUAGUGCUUUAAAGCUGCAUUCUCACAGAUUGACCAUUUUGGCAAGUUGUUAAUUUUUUGUCUUCGAAUGAGCCAAUUUUGCCUAAAUGUCUGGAAACUGGUGAUAUAAGACUGCUGACAAAAGAUCAGAUUGCAGUUUUUAAUACUUGCACUCGAAAAUUGAUGUUGAAUGGCUAAAAGCGUUACUAAAGCUUAAAAAAAUAUGAAAUUUCGGCAGUUUUUCAAACAGUUUAGAUCUGUUCUAUUGUUUGUUAUAUGACUGAUUUGUAAACAAUGAUGCCAAAAUCAGUUGAUCUGAGACAAAAAAUAAAGAUGUCGGUCUAAUCGGUCAAUCUGUGAGAGAGCACCUUUAAUGUUAGAUAUCACUUUAUAAGUACAUAAAUAGUUGCUAAUGUUAGUUGGUCUUUGUAUGAAAAGAAAUUGUUUUUGUUUGUUAAGUUAAACAUAGAAUUUUUAUGAACUUUGGUUUUUUUAAUAUAAAUAGGGCAUUUUUGCUACCAGUUUUUUAACUGUGAUUUUAAAUGUUUUUGACUAACAAAUGUAGCAUAAUUUAUUUCAGAUUUGAAUAAUGUGUAAUACAGUGAAGAAUUUGUUACCUUUAAACUUGUAGCAUAUAUUGCCCCAGUAAUUGCCAAAAUUUGUAAAAUAUAAUAUCCUUGGUAAAAAAUACACAAAUGUAAAAUGAACAAAUAUAAAAAGUUUUAAAAUUAAAGUCACUUACUCAGAUUAAAUCUGGUAAACUUUAGUCACUAUAUGCUUGCACAUAAAUUCAGGUACAAGAUACAAGAAUAGUUGGGUAGAUGAAUACAAGAAUCAGUGAGCUAUUUCCCGACAGAGUUUUGGGAAAUAAGUAGUAGUUACUACGUCCUCAACUGGAGUAAUUGAAAUUAUACAUGAGAGCUUCUGGGCAAGAGUAUAAUUUCAAUUACAAAGAUAGUGGGUGGCGUAACUGUUUCGUACCAAGUUGUCAAGAGUAACGUUCAGUAACUAGUGUGUGGUAUAAGUUAAUAACUUUGUUAUUCGUCCGGACAGUAGUUAUUGAACGAUUUUGCUCCGACUACUUGGUCCGGUUCCGAAAAGGUAGUUGAUGUAUAGUGGUGAGCAAAGGACAGCAUUCUGAAAUUUUAAUGUUUUGAAGGUGCUAUGACUGUGAUUCCUUUUAUGUAAAUAAAAUAUUUGGUCGAUAGCUCAGAACUUUGUAAAAGUUAACAACGAAAUCUUCACUGCUCUGAAAGUUUAAUGGGUACACUUUAGAUCUGUAGUGCUCCUAUAUUUGAGACCACUGUUACAGCUGUAACAGUUUUAUUUAAGUAUACAAGCACAUCGUCGAAUAAUUAAUUUUUAAAAGUUAACAACUAUGUUGUUAAUCACAUUGUUAACUUAAACAAAGUUCUGAAUAAUCGGCCAAAUGUGUUUUUAAUUUAGAAUGUCCGAAUACAGUCCUCUUUGAUAGUGUUUUAUUUUCUUUUGUUAAAUUUUUGGCUGCCUUGUACAUUUCGCUAAGAUUUAUUAUUUCUUGUUGAUUGAUAACAUAUGCUUUUAACUUUGUUAUUUAUUAAAGCUGCACUCUCAA